AUGCACGCAACAGGGGCUACACCCGUGCCGGAUGCUUCUGGGUUUGUGACCUGUGCCAAACAUGACACGCGGCGCAAGGUACUUUAUUGCGUUUUGAAACCCAUCUACGACGCUGACCUCACCGUGGUAUCGCAUCAGUACGAGUGUAAGGAAGGUCAAACCUGCACCUCCCGGCGAGCGGCGGCGGUUCGACCACCUACGUCGUCUUUACUGGUAGAUGCCAACGGCGAGAAGAGGAUGGAGGCCUCACCGAUGAUGGAAGUGAUUGACUGCGGUAGUUCGCGUAUGCUGGAAGGGGAGGGGAAGGGUUGGGAGCGGACAAAAAAUGGUGGGUUGUCGUCAACCACAGCCGCCGCCUCGGGGAGGGAUACCGGCGCGUUUUCCAUACUAUUCACGAAAAAGGCGGCGAAUAGUGAUGCGAAUGAUUCUGGUGAUCACGGUGCUCCGGUAGAAGGAGGGGUUAGCAGCGAUGGGAUGUCUGGCGAGGAUGAGGGUGGUAAAAUCUGUAGCGAGGAGGUUGUAAAAGGGGAUUUGCAAAACCCUCCCGAAACAAAUGCUGCAGUGAGUUUGUCAUCGGAGCCUCUACGGCAGACGCUGACCCCCCGAACGGCGCCUCUCUCACGUUAUUUCGACUUACAGCUUAACAACGGCGGUGGUGGAGGGAGUGGAGGGAUCUUUCCGGCGAAGGUUUGUUGGAAUUGUGGGCUGCCGGACCACGAAAAGCCGAAUUGCCCAAACAUGCUCUGCCGUAAUUGCCAUGGCAUUCGUGGAACGAUGAACACCCAGCAUUUUUGUGAGGAAGUGCGUGUGGCAUCGCCGUUUAUCAUGCUUCCACGCAGCGUGGCGGAGCUUCCACAGGGAGCAAAUGGCAUGCCUACGGUGCGUUGCGUACGCUGCCAUGAGCUCGGACACUUUGAUUGCGGAAAUAAUACUAACAAAAGCAACACUAAUAGCAACAAAUUUACCGUGGAUGACUCUUCUUUGAGCUGCUGCUACUGCGGCGGGAAGGGACAUACUGGAUACGACUGCCGUAAGCGUCAGCGCGCGCAUCCAGAUCGGUGGGUGCAGCGGCACCUCGCGGCUGCUGCUCGCGAAGAGAGCGGAAAGGGCGGCGGAAACUAUAAUAGCUGUAACAAUAAUGCGUCUUUUCACCACAGGUCAUCCUACCCUCGCGGGUCACCGGCAUCGCACCCUCAGUCCUUUUCCUGCGAGAAUUACCAGCGCAACGUGCGGGAUGGGGCGUCUUACUCUUGUCACCAUUCACACUAUAGUGAUAUGGGGCCUUCUAACGUGUACCGUUCCCCUUACAACCACCGGAGUACCAAAGGGCAUGACGGCCACCGCGCACGAGAUGCUUAUUACGAGCAGGAUGGAGGUGAUUCGCGGCGUUUUCGUCAAAGCGAGGUCACAGCGUCCUACCGUAACGCGGCGCACAAUAAGGAGGAGGACCGGUAUGAGCGGCAUUCCAGACGACAUCGCGCGGAGGGAGGGGCGCAUCCUCAUCAUCGGGGUAGCGGGAGCGACGGUGAUGACUGGAGGAGUGGGCGGCAAGAAGAUUAUCGACACCGCCCCAGAGGAUCGAGAGGGGGAGGCAGGCGAGGGUACUCGGGAUUUUCAAGUGAAGAUGAUCUCUACUAA